AACACCAAUUAGGUGCCAAUUACGCUGUACCACACCAAAAUAAGUCAUAAACUUAGCCAAGACAAGCUCAGUUCCGUACUACUCCCCAUCUUUUCAGGGGCUCACUCUAUAUCACGAAAAACCAACCGAUUCGGAGCGGUGCUGCGCGAGCCACGAGUCUAUCGCUUUGUAUCAAACGUGCCGAUUGCACGACAUUUAUCGUUCGUUCGUUUUUCGUCAGUAUAGAGUAACCCUCCAGUACCUUCAACUGCGCAUGUGCAGUACAGACAUCAGCAUUCCAGCAUCUGAAUGCUGAAACCAGUCUCCUGAAAGCCUUGCUGGUGCCCGCUCGCGCUCCUGAAACUUUCAGUGUUAUAGUGAACAAUUUACAAAAACAACUAAGCACUUAAUUUUAUUCAGAGCCCUCUGUGGUUAAGCAGAUACUCGUCGCGCGUGAGUUGGCGGGCGAGUCGCCUGCCGCGCCGCGGUGACGGACCGUGCCAACAUAUUCACCGCGGUGAACCAAUUCUUCGCUGAUUCGCCGCUGGUGAAUCAGCUCAAGGGCAUCAUGACUCGACAAACGAGCGGGGCGGGGGGGGAGAGCGACCCCCCCGACGCGGCCCGCCCCGCGCCCCCGCCGCCGCCCGCCGUCGCCCUCAGCCUCAGCCAUUCUGACAGCGUGGUCUCCGAGCGCUCCAUGUCCCCGCCGCGGCCGCAGCGGCAGGUGACCUUCCUCAAGCCGGCGGCCGACACCACGCUGGACCGCAAGGCCUCCAUCGUGGACGAGACCACCGGCAUCACCAAGACGCAGAUGAAAGAGUUCCGCGAAGCCUUUCGCCUCUUCGACAAGGACGGCGACGGCACCAUCACCAAGGAGGAGCUGGGCCGCGUCAUGCGCAGCCUCGGCCAGUUCGCGCGCGUCGAGGAGCUCCACGACAUGCUGCAGGAGGUCGACAGCGACGGCGACGGCAACGUGAGCUUCGAAGAGUUCGUGAGCAUCCUCUCCAAGUCUAUGCACGGGGCCGGCAGCGGGCCCACGUCGGCUGAGCAAGAGGAGCGCGAGCUUCGAGACGCAUUCCGCGUGUUCGACAAACACAACCGCGGGUACAUCUGCGCGUCUGAUCUGAGGGCCGUGCUGCAGUGUCUGGGAGAGGAUUUGUCGGAGGAAGAGAUCGAGGACAUGAUAAAAGAAGUGGACUCGGAUGGUGAUGGACGCAUUGAUUUCUUGGAGUUCGUGCGAGCCCUCGGGGAGCCGGAGGACGCGUGUGAUGAUGAAGACGACGAGGAGGUCACCGACCCGCCCGAGCUCAUGCUGGGCAGACCCGUCGCCGCCAUGUAGACCACCACCACCACCGGCUAAGGGAGUUUUUAACAGCGUGCGGAUUUAAUAACUCACGCGGGUUACCCGACAAGUGUUCUUUUCAUACAAGUAUUUAUAUCAUAAUAAUAAGUGGGGACAUCUCACACACGGCACACGGCCAUCCUAACCCAAACUAGGCAAAGCCUGUGAUAUGGGUAUCGGACAGCUGAUAUAUCUACACAAAUACAUAUUAAAUAUAAAUAUCAACACCCAAGACACGAGUAAAAAUAUCUCUUUUUAAACAAAUAUUUGCCCCAGCCGGGAAUCGAACCCGGGACCUUCGGCAUAGUAGUCAGAGCCACUAUUGAUUAUUGUAAUGCGUGGAACAUGCACGCGGAUCGCGGGAAAAUGGAUGUGCGGAACGUGAUCAAAUCCGCACGCUAUUAAAACACCCUAACGCAAAUUUGACUAUGCUGCUGCCUAAAUGAUAAGAUCCCAAAUUGCUGGUACCGUUCGGCUUCAGAAGUAGCUGUCUGUGGGCAUACCUACUACUGACUGUUGUACAUUCUCAAACUAAUAAACCACCUUUCUUUUAUUUACUCAAACAUUGACGGUGGUUUCUUUGACAAGGUACAAAAGUGUAAAGCUACUUAUAUGAUGCUGACCGUACCUAGUACCCAUGUGUUUGGUAGAAUUUGUGAUGUGAAAAUGUAAACGGUACAGUUUUGUUUGAAUGAUGUCAAAGUGCGCGGAAAGGAUGCGAAUUUCAAGUAAAAAAUUAGUCAGUUAAAAUUUUUACCCGACCAACCAUGGCUAAAGUAAAGGUACCUACUUCCUUACUUAGGUAAGUCCUUUUACAUUACAAAUAUUCAUCAUGUCAUGUGACAACUAGAUGAUCUCAAGGUUCACUAAAAUAAUAAUCAUAUACUUAACAUAAUUUCGAAAAUAACGCCUAUCUAUGUAAUCUGACAUAAGAUUUUGUCUCCAAAGUAAACUUAAGCAUUUUUCUAAUACGCUUCCAUGUUAUACCUAUAUUUAUGUAUUAUCUAUGAACGUAGAUAUUUUAUUGUACAUACUAUAUAACGUUUUAAAACUAUUUUCACCUCGAACAUUAUCAAUUGGGACUAAAAUACUGGUUGUUACAAUACUUAAGGCCAUUCUCUUGAGACCAGUUUUUACAAUUUAUUAAUUAAUCUUUAGAGAACAAAAUUUAAGAAAAUAUGCUACUUAGAAUUCAGAUAACCAAAUUUAUCUCAUCUCUAUCAAACCUAUCAUUAAAUAAAAUAAUUCAUAAUCCUCUAUAUCCUACAUAUCCAAUAUUGAAUUUAUUUACAAUUUAUUACCUACCUAAAGCCUAAAAAAAUAUACGAAAGUGUUAGUCCGCUUUAGAUGUUGUGUGGCUGUGGAACUUUAUUAAUCACUACUAGAUUUAAUAAUUAUAUUAAAAUACUAUAGCAUGAAAUAAAGUAAAUUCCUAAUAAAACAGUGUUGCCAUUGAAAUCCUUAGUAUGAAAAAAAUAUAACUCGCUUGCUAGUCACCUCUUAAUACCUCUUUGGCAAAUAGUCGUGGUUAGGGAAAUAUACAAAGCAUGUUCUUCGAAAUAAAAUCAAGGCUGUUUUCGAUGUAAAAAUGUAUUAACACUUUUGAUUACACAAAUAAACAGUAUUUACAAAUACAACAAUUGACUUGCAGGCUUAUCAAAUCGAUAUCACAUUUCACAGGAUCUCUUGGAAAAAUGAGAAGAUUUCUAAGUGUUCAAAAAAACAGGCGAUAUGGUGGUGAUAGUUGAAGUGUGGGACACUCAUGGCCCCAUGGCACACCCAAUAUGUUCGUGUAUUAAAACGAAGAAAAUACAAGUUGUAUUUGUAUAAUUAGUCAG